AUGAUAUUGCUCGCAGUAGCGACAGAGAUUGCGUUGCAUUUCUCCAAUAGACAACAAGGGUUUGCCGUUCCACAGAAGAAUGUCUUCACUUUCGUACCCGCGUCAUUCCUGCUUUCAUUCUUCCCCAUCUUAUUCAUCGUACCCCUCGCCAAACUGUGGGCGGGCGCAAACUGGGGCAUUCAAACAUUCCAGGCGAGCUUUGAGACCCCACCAUAUGUCGUGCUGUCGAAGGGAGACGGGCAGGCCGAGGACACCAUCCUCCUUGAUUAUAUGGCAUUGAACAACUGGGAAACUCUGCUCGUAUCGACGAAGCGAAAACACUGGCUCGUCCUCGUGUCGCUGAUGACGGUCUUUGUUACGAGCUUCAUGCAGCCGCUCGCUGGUUCUGUGUUCACGCUAGCAACUCCGGAGCAUCGACAAGAGAUCAUCCUUCAAGCUCAGCGAGCACUUGGUCUUGUUUCGACCUUCAAUAACCUGAAUGCUUUCUCCUCGGCUGCGGGUUUUACAGACUCGAAGAUUUAUCAAGGCCUUCCGGACCCACCAUUCGUUGCCGGUCAAUGGGCUGUAGCCCAGUUUGAGAUCCCACAAACAGAUGACGCCGCCGCCUCCGUCGAAGCCGAAGUCGAUGGCAUCGCCACCCACCCGCUCUUCCCCCAGUUCCAGUUCAGCGCCGUGCUCCCUGACGGAUGCACCGGCCGCGUCCAGUUCAACCCGGACGACUCCAACCAGCAGUACGGCGUCGUCCAGGUCGACGCGGCGAGCUGUGGCGUCGACAGCGACACUGACAUCCAGCUCCUGCCCGUGAUGUUCUGGUUCUUCCAUUCGGCGCUGGGCGGGCAGGGGCAGAACGUUACGAGGGCGAAGGGGGUCAUUUGUCGGCCGUUCAUGAAGGUUCAGACGGUCUUGGCUACUGUGAACACCAGCACGUCUGCCCUCACAAGCAUCAAGCCGCUUGCGGAUGUCACUCAGACCGACAACAACGUCACGGGGCAGCCCCUGAAUGGCCAACCGUUCAAUGGUGUGAUCUUCCCGCAGGCGAACAAUACCUUCGUUCAAUCCAGAGCCCUCACCAUCUCGAUGGGGCUCCCGGGGACCAUCUACCGGAAUGCCUCGCUGACGCCGGACUUUGGGGAUUUCUUCGAGGACGGAUCGACCAGCUUCUUGAGCCUGACGUCAUCGGUAUACUCGACAUACUUGUCGGUCAUCGCGAAGACGGUGUACUUCGUGCCCGCAGACUCCUCCCUCAACGCAACCCUCAUCAACCAUCUAUCUCGGCUCGUAAUCGAGCCCUUGGCUGCGCACGGACUGGCGGCGGUCCUCCUCGCCGUCGGCAUCGUCGGUAUGCUUGUGCACCUCCUCCACAGGCAUGCGCGCCGCGAUCUUUACCUCACGGCGCCGCCGGGGUCCAUCGGCGCCUCCAUGGCGCUCGCAUUCCACGCCGGCUUCGGGGCCUCUCUCACGCCGUACGACGACGGCGAGAGCAUCGGGCGGAAGCUCAGGUCGAUGCGCUUCAGCAUGGACCGGCGGACGGGCGCGAUCCUCGCGGAGGAGGUUGACGAUGGAGAUGCGGUGACGCCCUUGACGCGGUCCUCGGAGGAGACACUGAAGGGCUAUAAGGAUUACUGA